CUUAACUAUUCAUAAUCAGUUUGUUUACAUACCCCUCAUUAAUAGCAAAAUCAAUUCCAUGUAAAUUAGUUUUGCUACAAACCAAAAAGUUAGUCAUUAAAAAUUAAUAUUCAUUCAGAAACAAGUGUUGGUUUAAAAACUGAGGAAAGAAUAAUAUUCUACGAUCGUUUUUUGCUUGGAUAAUGGAAUAUAAACAUAAGUGUUUUAAAGCUUAUAUAUAGCAAAUUAAGUGAAUAUUUCACAGCAUGUAAAAACCAGCAAAGAGAAAUUGGGGAGUUGGGGUUCUUUUGAACCUAUCUGGAUUUUUUUAAGGAACUUACUGAGAAUUCACCACAUUAUUGGUGGGAACUAUUCUGUCUCCUUCAGUCUAGAUAACCACAGUCUUUUUCUGUUUCCCCUUAAUCCACAGGCAGAUGCUGAGAACAAGACAUCCCAUGAUAUGGGUACCACUCUGCAGGCAACCAACAGCUCAGAGUCCCAAGUGUCUGAGUUCAUCCUGCUCGGAUUUCCAGGCAUUCAUGAGUGGCAGCACUGGUUCUCCUUGCCCAUGGCUCUGCUUUACCUUGUAGCUCUCAGUGCUAAUCUCCUCAUCUUGAUCACCAUUUACAGGGAGCCUGGCCUGCAUCAGCCAAUGUAUCAGUUCCUUGGUAUCUUAGCUACAAUAGAUAUUGGCUUGGCUACCACCAGUAUGCCCAAGAUCCUGGCCAUCCUGUGGUUUGAUGCCAAGGCUAUCAGCCUCCCUGAGUGUUUUGCUCAGAUCUAUGCUAUCCAUUCUUUUAUGUGCAUGGAGUCAGGCAUCUUUCUAUGCAUGGCAGUGGACAGAUAUGUAGCCAUAUGUUAUCCCCUUCAGUAUCUUUCAAUAGUCACUGAAGCUUUUGUAACCAAAGCCACACUGUCCAUGUUUCUGAGGAAUGGCCUGUUAACCAUUCCUGUGCCUGUACUAGCUUCCCAGAGACAAUACUGCUCCAGGAAUGAAAUUGAUCACUGCCUGUGCUCUAACUUGGGGGUCACUAGUCUAGCCUGUGAUGAUAUCACUGUCAACAAGUUCUACCAGUUGGCUUUGGCCUGGCUUGUGGUUGGAAGUGACAUGAUUCUGGUCUUUGCUUCCUAUGCUUUGAUUAUUUGCUCAGUACUGAGGCUGAAUUCCACUGAAGCAAUAACUAAGGCCCUCACCACCUGCAGCUCCCACCUCAUCCUCAUUCUGUUUUAUUACACAGCUAUUAUUCUAGUAUCUGUCACUCACUUGGCAGGAAGAAAGGUUCCCCUCAUCCCUGUUCUCCUCAACGUGCUGCAUAUUGUCAUCCCCCCAUCACUUAAUCCUAUGGUAUAUGCACUUAGGACACAGGAGCUGAGGGUGGGCUUCCAGAAGGUGUUCAACUUGAAUCAGUUUAUGUCUAGAAAGUAAACUGACUAUAUAUGACAGAAUAAUAAAUGCAUCAUUGCAAAAAGAGAGAGAGAGAGCACAGACUUUGAACCCAAAAUACCUUGUUAAGAUUCCAUCUCUGCCAUUUUCCAGGGGCAUCGACUCAAACUCAGUUACUUUGGAUAGUACAUUGCAUUUACAAAGCACUGCUGCAAGC